AUUUACUAUACUUAACAUUUUUUUUCUGGGCAACUACAAUAUUUACAUUUAAUUACCGGAUUUGACCAAACAAAAAAAAAGAUUUAUAGUAGUAUUACCGACUGAUUUAUUUACAGUCUGUAAGAGCCGGACUCGAAGGUGACGCCACCGUAUUCCCUAUAAAAAAGGCGCGCAAUAGCCACUCUCUGAGCCACGGUUACCACUCUUUCUCUCUCCGAUCUUAAAUAACCAAAACCCUCUCUCUCUGAGUAACAUUUCCCGAAUCGACGUUGUGAAUUGAUGCAGCAGAGAGGCCGAUCCGUCAACCGUAGAUCAAGGAGCUUCUCUAGAUCCAGGCUCGCCGUUGAAGGCCAUUGAACACACACUCUCUCUCUCUUUCUCUACAGAUCUUCUUCGCUUUUUUUUUCUUUCUCCGACGAACACCUUUCCCAAAAUGGCAGCAUCGUACGAGGAAGAGCGUGAUGUCCAGAAAAGUUACUGGAUUGAGCAUUCCGCUGAUUUGACUGUUGAAGCUAUGAUGCUUGACUCCAGAGCUUCUGAUCUCGACAAGGAAGAACGUCCUGAGGUACUCUCUUUGCUCCCACCUUAUGAAGGCAAAUCGGUGCUAGAACUUGGAGCCGGUAUCGGUCGAUUCACUGGUGAAUUGGCUCAAAAAGCCGGCGAAGUCAUUGCUCUUGACUUCAUUGAUAGCGUCAUUAAGAAGAAUGAAAGUAUAAAUGGGCAUUACAAGAACGUGAAGUUUAUGUGCGCUGAUGUUACAUCCCCUGACUUGAAGAUCACUGAUGGAUCCAUUGACUUGAUAUUCUCCAACUGGCUAUUGAUGUAUCUUUCUGACAAAGAGGUGGAGCUUUUGGUAGAAAGGAUGGUUGGUUGGAUCAAAGUUGGAGGAUACAUUUUCUUCCGAGAAUCUUGCUUCCAUCAAUCUGGGGACAGCAAGCGGAAAUCCAACCCAACUCACUACCGUGAACCCCGUUUCUAUACCAAGGUCUUUCAAGAAUGUCUGACCCGCGAUGCUGCUGGGAAUUCAUUUGAGCUCUCGAUGAUCGGGCAAAAGUGCAUUGGAGCUUAUAUUUGUUGGAUUUGGCAAAAAGUCAGCUCAGAAAAUGACAGAGGCUUCCAACGUUUCUUGGACAAUGUUCAAUACAAAUCCAGUGGGAUCCUACGCUAUGAGCGUGUCUUUGGACAAGGGUUUGUGAGCACUGGUGGAAUCGAGACAACCAAAGAGUUUGUGGAGAAAAUGGAUCUGAAACCAGGACAGAAAGUGCUAGAUGUUGGUUGUGGCAUUGGUGGAGGUGACUUCUAUAUGGCUGAGAACUUCGAUGUUCAUGUUGUUGGUAUCGAUCUCUCUGUCAACAUGAUCUCUUUCGCGUUGGAACGUGCUAUUGGACUCAACUGCUCGGUUGAGUUUGAGGUCGCGGACUGCACCACAAAACAUUACCCCGACAAUUCGUUCGAUGUCAUAUACAGCCGUGACACUAUUCUGCACAUCCAAGACAAACCAGCUUUGUUCAGGACUUUCUUCAAGUGGCUUAAACCGGGAGGUAAAGUACUCAUCAGUGACUACUGUAGGAGCCCAAAAACUCCAUCUCCUGAGUUUUCUGAGUACAUCAAACAGAGAGGAUAUGAUCUCCAUGAUGUACAAGCAUAUGGGCAGAUGCUAAAAGACGCAGGCUUUAACGAUGUGAUUGCAGAAGACCGUACUGAUCAGGAGGAUUACGAGGACAUUGUUGGGGGAUGGAAGGCGAAGCUGGAGAGAAGUGCAUCGGGUGAACAGAAAUGGGGUCUUUUCAUCGCCAACAAGAAUUAAUCAAAAUCAUCUUUCUUUCUUCAAUAAUAAAAAAUGUCAUUUCCGUUUGGCAAAUGAUGUUAUGUGUGGACUUGAAUGUUGUUUUAUCUUGUUUUUACCUUCAGUGUAUUCGGUUAGAUAAACUGAAUUUCGUUUGGUUCAAUCUUUGUUUUCAAGCACAAUUUGCUUUUCAUUUGAAGAAUUAUCGAAAUUGUUAUUUUUGGUUUUCAUUUUCAAUUUCGGUUGCAGUGUUCGGUGCAACCGGGUUUUUCAAAUUGAAUUCUGGCUACGGUUGGUCUUUUGUCCGUGGUUCGGUUCGGUUCGGUUCAACCUAAUCCUGAAUUAAAGUUUCAUCAACUGGUCAAAGUGUAU